GGCGAGGCCUCGUUGGCGCAUACCACUUCAUCGAUGUCGAUCCACCUUCAUCCAAUGGAGGACCGUGCAGCUGUCAGGGUUUACACAAUUGCAGGUGCUCGGAAGAAAUGGAGAACGAUUGGCUUCUACACAAUCUGCAGGAUUAUUUUGAAGGACAAUUUGCCAUCGUUCUCUACUGAACAACUUUUUGGCACUCAAGUUGUGCAGUUCAGUGUCAGGAGGUGUGAAGAGCUAUUAUUUCCACCCUUCCAUCUGAAGUUCAAACAGGACUUCAAUUCUCUCAAACGACUAGGCAAAGGAACUGAGGGCGAGGUCUUCAAGUGCUCUUCCAACUUCGCUGAAUACGUUUGUGCUGUAAAAAAGGUUGUACCUUCAGAUCUUAUGAUCACGUCAACAAAUUUUGAGCCCAGCGACGUUACUAUCCUCAGUGAGCUCAAUCAUCCUAACAUAGUGAAGUUGCACCUUUGCUGGAAUGAACUUGGAAAAGACUAUUUCGGUCGUCCUGCUGAGGUGACAUUCACAUCUAUGCUGUUGUGUGACAGGACCUUAUCUACCUUCCUAAAGGAGAACUCACGAAUUGAGCUGGAUACUGCUAAUGACAUUUUCCGCCAAAUGAUGAUGGGCCUGCAGCAUGCACACCAGCAUCACAUUGUACACCAUGAUUUAAAGCCAGAUAAUAUACUGGUGGAUGAUAAUCAAAGGAUCAUGAUUUCUGAUUUUGGAACUGCCAAGAAGAAGGAAUCGCCCAACUCAAUGCUUCAGCCUGGCGUGAUUGGCAGUCUUCCAUAUAGCGCGCCAGAGGUUACAAACUUCCAUGAAUCUCAUGAUGAAAAAGCGGACAUUUUUUCCGCUGGGAUCAUCUGCUAUGAGCUAUACAUCCCUACUGUGGCUCAUAGAGAACAGAAAGUCAAGGAGAUGAGCAGGCGAAUUAGGCAAGCUAUGGCGUUAUGCCCACCCUGGAUUGAUUUUGAUCUUGAUUCUGCUUUGGAUGGGACAAAUCUUUUGGAUGAAUGGACUGGCGACUACUCUCUUCUGAAGUUAAUGCUGAAGCCCAAUGGUUCAGAACGACCUUCUGCCUCAGACAUCUUGGCCAGGCUACCAGGUCACACUGCAUAAGAUUUCAAAAGGAACUGAUUUUGAUCUCACUCCCAUAAUCAUUUUGUCAGCUCGAGGAUGAAUGUUAGAUAGCAGCUGGAGCAAGGGAUAUGUACAAACAACAAACAUCUAGUGGCGGACAAACAUGUAAAAAUAUGCCAGUUAGUGUUGGAGAAACCAAAGAAACGUCCACUUUGCAGAAUUUUCUUCUUUUUGCACGAUUGGUGAACUUCCCAUUCAAGUAUUUUUCCUUGUUGCACAAGCGUACAGAUGAACUGCUUAUUCAGGUAGCUCUAAGGAAGGAAGUGAAAACAUCUUUCCUGCUUUGAUUUUGCCAUUUGACAU